CAUCUUCUCAUCCCUCUCUUGCCCAAAAGAUGAUUCCCUUAGCUUUUCUUUCCCUUCUUCUUCAUGUCUCGGCUUCUUCUUCAUUCGCCGCCGCUUCGGAUUCUACAUACAACACAUUCCUCCAAUGUAUGCAAAGAAACACAAAGGCCCUACCAUCUCAACUCUCAAGCAUAAUUUAUUCCCAAACUAACCCUUCUUACACCUCGGUUCUCCGAGCCUACAUCCGAAAUGCCAGGUUCAACACCACAUCUACCAAUAAGCCUCUCCUCAUUAUUACUCCGACGACGGAAAGCCACAUUUCGGCGACGGUAUUAUGCGCAAAAACCCUAGGCCUGCGGAUAAAAACACGAAGCGGCGGGCACGACUAUGCCGGACUCUCCUACACCUCCGGUGUCCCUUUUGUCAUCAUUGACAUGUUCAAUCUCCGCUCGGUCACGGUCGACCUAGCCGACCAGUCGGCUUGGAUUCAGACCGGUGCGACUCUUGGAGAACUCUACCACAACAUUUGGAAGAAGAGCAAGGCCCUAGGCUUCCCUGCCGGAGUUUGUCCAACUGUCGGCGCAGGAGGGCAUCUCAGUGGCGGUGGGUACGGGAACAUGAUAAGAAAGUACGGUUUAGCUGUCGAUCAUGUCGUCGACGCAAAGAUCGUUGACGCAAAAGGGAAUGUUCUUGAUAGAAAAGCAAUGGGGGAAGAUCUUUUUUGGGCAAUUAGAGGAGGUGGUGGAGCGAGUUUCGGUGUCAUUUUGGCCUACAAAUUGAAGCUCGUUCCCGUGCCGGAUAUCGUGACCGUUUUCAAGGCACAGAGGACUUUAGACAACGUGAACGACAAGAUGACCGACUUCGUUUACCAGUGGCAACAAGCCGCACCGACGACGAACGACGGGCUCUUUAUGAGAAUGCUUAUUCAACCGGUUACUUCCAAAGCAAGCAAAGGUCAGAAGACGGUGAGAGUGACGAUCAAUGCCCUCUAUCUAGGAAAAGCAGACGAAUUGGUGUCGUUUUUGGCGAAAGAUUUCCCGCUUUUGGGAUUGAAAAAGGAGAACUGCACGGAGCUGAGCUGGAUCGACUCUGUUCUGUGGUGGGCAAAUUACGACAAUGGAACAUCCCCUGAUGCGUUGCUCGACCGGGAUCCGAACUCGGCGAUUUUUGGUACGAGGAAAUCGGAUUACGUUCAGAAUCCGAUUUCCAAAGAUGGGUUGGAAUGGAUUUGGAAGAAGAUGAUGGAAUUGGGCAAAGUCGGAUUGGUGUUCAAUCCUUACGGAGGUAGAAUGAAUCAAGUCCCUGAAUCCGCGACGCCGUUUCCGCACCGAGCCGGGAAUCUGUUCAAGAUUCAGUACUCGAUCAGUUGGAAAGAACCAGGGCCUGAAGCCGACAAUAAUUUUACUACGCAGAUAAGAAGGCUUUUCAGUUACAUGACUCCAUUUGUGUCGAAAAAUCCAAGAAGUGCUUUCUUGAAUUAUAGGGACAUUGACAUUGGUGUGAAUCACUUUGGGCCAAAUAGCUAUGAAGAAGGGAAGGUGUAUGGGGUCAGAUACUUUGGUGCUGCAAAUUUUGAUAGAUUGGUGAAGGUGAAGACUGCGGUUGACCCGGAGAACUUCUUCAAGAGUGAACAGAGUAUCCCGACUUUACCAAACAAGGCAUAAGGUUUUUUCUUUUUUGAAUAAACUAUAUAGCAAGUAGCAACUACAUUGACUUAAUGCACAACUAAACGUGGAGUGAAAAAAAAUUAUGCUCCUAUAUUUUUGCAUGGGAAAUCAUUCGUGCAUUCCUAACUUCAGAAGUCAGUUGUAGUUCUUUGCCUUUUGUUUUUCAACAAUACUAAGGGAUAGAGAUGGUGAUCGACACCACACACUAAUAUAAAAUGAAUUUUAUAG